UCACACUUUGAACAGAUUACAUUGAUUGGAUUCUUCUUUAUUAUUGCAUCAUACUUGAUAACAUGUUGGUACACUCCAGACUUCCAGGGAGAGGCACCAAAGUGGACUUACUUGUUCCAUACUCUCUGUAUCUUUAUCUAUCAGACAAUGGACGCACUCGAUGGAAAGCAAGCCAGACGAACCAACUCGUCGUCAGGCCUCGGCGAGCUGUUUGAUCAUGGUUGCGAUGCCAUCACUACCUUCCUCGUGGUGAUCACCUUCCUCACGUCGAUCCAGGCAGGCGCCAACACCACGUCGCUCUACAACGUCAUGAUCAUCCUCACCGCCUUCUACUUUACUCAAUGGGAGCAGUACCACACCGACGUCAUGGAGCUUGGCUACAUUGGAGUCACUGAGGGUCAUAUCUUCAUGAUGCUCGGUCACAUGAUCAGCUUUGUCUUUGGUCCAUCCAUCUGGUUCACCGAGAUCUCAAUCAAACAGGGAAGAAUAGUUCUGGCUAGAAUCUGUCACGAUGAUCUGUUCCCAUUCCAAUUGAUUCUGUUCCCAUUGAUUGUGCCAUUGGUGUCAUUGAUGGGAUAUGUCAACCUGUUCGCAUUGGUACCAGAGACAUUGUUCCUCCAGGUGUACUACAUGGCUACAAUGGCCAUCUACUUCCACUUUGCCUACGUCGUCGUCACUACACUCUGUCGCGUGUUGAACAUCCGUUGCUUCACUCUGAAAAAGACAAUCAAG